AUGCUUCCUUGGACACUUUCGAUGCAAAAUUCUAGGAGGUCUCGGGUGGAUGGCAGCCUCGCCCCUACAAAUUGGGUCAAUGCACAAUUGACUCCCCGAGAUCUACCGGCUACCAAGGCACGCACGACGUCACAAAUACCCAUCAGAUUUCCAGACAAUCCUGCGGGCGAGGGAAACACGGUACUCAGUGAUGCAUUGAAAAGCCAAAGCACAAAGCGCGGCAAGUCGGAUAUUUAUUACACGGAGAUCAGUUGGCAAGGAAUCACUAGUCCAGGAUUGGUCGCUUCAAGAGUUCAGUUUUGCCGCGAUAAGAGAAUACAAACGAAAGACUUGAGAUUACUUGAAUCCAAUUUUGGUGGACCAUCCAUCUCAAUGCGUGGGGAUUCAAUAAUCAUAAACACCAACGGAUUUCGAGCCCUAAUCACAAUCGAGUCAGUCGCCAUGCUUAACGUACCGCUUGUGGCUUAUAACGAGUCCCAAAACUUUCCAGAAAUAAAAUCUGGUCAUGAAGGUUUGGCUUUCCCACAUAGACAAGAGUUCACUUCCAACCUUUUAAAAGGGAUCACAAGUCUUCGGAGAGGAAAAAGAGGAUUAAAGAUAGAGGAGAAAGCUGCCUAUGAACUUGAAUAUUCUUUCAAACUUCUUGCGCUUAGAAGUAUCUUGGAUAUAAUUUUUCUUUCAUUAGAACAAGAUCUUGAAGUCCUGAAGGCGUCGAUUAGGUUACUUUUAAGCACACUCGAGAAAGAAAUCCGUGCCAAGACAAUGGAAAAACUGCUGGUGUCUACUCAUCAAUUGAAAGACUUCACUGGGAGAUGCACUAACCUACAAAACUGUCUAGACACGAUAGCUGAGCAGACCAUGCAAUACCUCCAAACUCGUCAAAAUCAAGAUCUUCAUAAAGCCAUCUUAGGGGAGACUGAGGAGGAACAAUCUCUGAAGGUUUUGCAUCACUCGGACCUGUUGACAGUGAUAGAACAGUAUUCCGCUGAAGAAAUCAUGGAAGAGGUUGCCAUCAUGAUGAGGCACCUACAAUUUAAAGAAGAUACAGCCAAUUUGAUAAUCAAUUCAAACCAACUUGAUCUUGUUUAUGUGGGUUUAAAAUUAGAGGUCCUCGCCGUUGGGGUUACACUUGGCGCCUUGUUGACCGGUGCUUUCGGAAUGAAUCUUAAAAGUGGCAUUGAAGAAUCCGAUUGGGCAUUUCUGAUUGCGACUGGCAUCAUUGUCACGUCUUGUAGUGCUGUAAUUUUUAUUGGGUGGUUUUACAUUAGGAAAAUUGGUCGGAACAUGUGA